AUGUCAACAUACUGGCCAGAUGACGCAGUAAAUAACAAGAAACCGCGUUACAGCGCGGAGACGGGCACCCAACUCUUGGUCAAGAAGAAUCUCGACUUGGAGAACACAAAGAAUGAACUGUUCAAGCUAAAGGAACGAUUGGACACGAUCACACGAGAGCGCGAAGAGUUGGCAAACAAGUUGGCAGAAGAAACUACGCGUAGCACAAGUCUGGAGGACCAGCUGUUUCAUCGGAAGGAGGAACUUGCCCAAGAGAAACUAUCACGGAUCAACCUCGAGGCAGAGGUCGAGGCAGCACACCAGAAGUGCAAAGCAGUAGAACUGGAACAACGGCGUCUGGAAGAGCAACUCGCCGACCUCGGCUCACAACAGGACUCUGUUGCGUCACGCAAUCGCAUUGCUGCCCUUGAGAAGCGAGUUCAAGCGCUGCAGCUUGAGAAUGCAAGACUCGCGAGUGGGCCCGAGCGACCACCCUCGCGCACCUCUGCCAUCCCCGUCGCCACCAAGAGCAGGCACCCAAGAUCCUCAUCCGAGGUGAGGACAACUCAACUCGAAGAUGAUCUCGCUGCUCGUCGUGCCGAAUUGGUGGAGGAAAAGGCCAAAGUCAAGAAGCUAGAAGCCCGAGUACGCAAAGCGGAGCAAGACGCCAUUCAACUACAGAAUGAGAAGAUUGCAGACGCAAGAAAGGCGAAAUCCCGCGUAGAAGAAUUGGGCACUGCGCUAGCAGAGGCCAAAGAAGAGAUUGAGCUCCUCAAGCAGGCGCAGCCGUCAGUUAAUCAAAGUGACGACGUAGAAAUUGGUGCCCUCAAAAGAAGACAAGCAAGCUUAGAGGACCAGCUUCGAUCUACCGUGGCAGACAAGGCGGACUUGGAGCGACGUCUAGCCCGAAAGACGAGCCAAUGCCAGACCUUGCAGGAGAAACUGGACGAAUAUAUGCUUCCUUCGGCGAAUGAAGAGGCUCUUCGUCAAGAGGUUGCUUCACUCAAGCAAGAACUCGCAACAAUCCGGCGUGAGACUAAUGGUGGCCCAAACCGACGCGAGUCUCUUACGCAAAUACGUUAUGAUCUCCAAGACCGCGAGCGUCAAGUGGCCAUGUUACAGGAGAAACUGCGCCGGAGAGAAUCUAGCACAGCAGAUCUUGCUGCGCAGGAGGAGAAGAUGAUGAGACUACUCAACGAAAAGGAGAACGUCAAGGAUGAUUUGGCCAAAGCCAAAUCGCAAAUACGUUAUCUCGAGUCUCAGCUCAGUUUCAAGCAACAAGAGCUCAAGCUUGCCCAAGCUCAAGUUCAAGAGUUCGAGGUGGCUCUCAACAAGGCCCGCUCACUCAAUGCGCAACAUCAAGAGCUCUAUUCUCAAGUCGUUCAGUCAUGCACUGAGGCAGAAAAGCGCGCAGAUGACGUCGAACGAGAGCUCAUCGAGCUACGUGAGGAGUAUGCCAACAGAUCGACUCUUGAAGAAGCCCAAGAGCGGAACGCGCAGUGGGCACGAGCACUCGACCGAGUUGCAGAGCUCGAGAAUCGACUCGCUGCAAGAAAUGAUGGCACGUCGACCCCGCGCGCUUCAAGGGCUUCUUUGCCGCCCGUUCUCUCCUUUGCAGACGAAUCUGAGAUGGAUUCGGUAGCUCGCCUGGUCGUUGGACUACAGCGCAUCAGGGAGGAACGAGACACGCUCCGAGGAAGUGUCGAGUUCCUCAACUUUGAGCUGCGUGCCAAAGAGACGACCUAUUCACAACGACUGGCAGCUGAGCAAUCCAGGCUUCUUGCGCUGCUACAGCGUGCUGAGCAAGACGCCGUCGUCCUUCGAGGGGAGCUCAGCGAGAUGGAAAACCGCCUCAAAGUCCAACCACCUCCGACAGAUCCCCCGAACACCGUGACCGAACAGGCCAGAAGAACGCGUAUGGUUGCCACGGCCGCCUUCGUCUCGCUGCAGCGAGCGCAUCUACUCCUUGAAUCAGAAACCGAGCAAUCUGCUCUCGCUUCCCAGCAACUUGAAGCAGGACGUGCUCAGCUGCAAUCCGCCUUGGACAAGGUCACCGAGUUGACGUCGCUAUUGGGGGUAAAGGAUCAUUCCCUAGAGGAGAGUAAUCAACGGUCUCUCGAGCUCUCUCGUGACCUUCGCGAUAAGUCACUCGCCAUUCGCGACCUGGAGGACAAACUCAGAACUCUUGAACAGUCUCGAGAGAAGCUCCAGAAUCUCUUUGAGGAGCAGACUGGGACCCUCAAGAACCUGGAGCGAGAGCAUAACGCUCAGACUAUGCAUCUGCAGCGUCUUGAGGAGGCCCAUCAAAUUGCGAGGGAGGAACUGUACGAAGCUAGAGUCGAAGCUGAUCAGCUGCGCAAUGAGCAUCUUCAUGACAUGGCAAGGGAGGACCCAGAGGCUCAGGCGGCACUUCAGCGACAUAUCGAAGAGCUGGACGCCCGCAUUGUUCGUCGCAACGAACAAAUUGGCACACAUCAAAACGAGAUCAGGCGAUUGGAUAUGAACCUUCGCAUUGCAGAGAACGCUGUAGACGAAAUGCGGAGCGAGUUGGAGGAGCUUCGCUCUCAGCGAGUAUGGCUGGAGAGUGAUGCAGAAACCGUUCGAGAAGAACGCAAUCAUGCUCAGAAAGAGCUCGAGGCAACCCGUACAGAGCUCGACGCCCUCCGAGCAGACUUGGAGGAGCAACAGGCACUUUUGCGGACAUCUUCGUUUGAGAGACAAACAGAGGUUGCAACACUCGUGCAGAUCAUUGCCUCCUUCCGGCUGCGCGAACGACUGGCAUCUCAGAACACACCUACACAACCACCACCAAGUAACCUCGACGAGUCAUCUGCUCGCGACAUCUCGCAGGUCGUCGACCCCCAUCUCGAAAGGAACGAAGAGCUGGAACGCCUUCUGCACGAAGCUACCCUCCGGGGCGAUGUUCUUGCUCAGCAAUUGCAACGGACGACUGAGCUCGCCAAGCAGGAUGUAGCGGAACGUCUUUCGACAUUGGAAGAAGAAGUCGAAUGCCUCACAGCAGAGGUUGAAUCUCUUGAACAGCGCCUCUGCGAGUCGCAACAAGAAUGUAUUGAAGAGCAACGUAAGCUGGUGGAAGCGUCAGAGCAAAACGAGGUACUACUAGGGAAGAUAUCACAGCUGGAGAAUGAAGUAACAGCAGUGACUCGAGAGCAUGAAGAAAAGAUGGAUAGCCUCCUCGCUCAAUUAGCUGAAGCCGACCAGAGUCACGAACAGCUAGAGCAUCAAAGACUUGCACUGGCCACAGAGUUGGACGAUUUGCAAUCUAAAUACUCCAGCGCAAUCGCCUCGGCCAUAGGGAUGGAGAAGAUAUCUGCAGAAGUGCAACAACUAGAGAUGGAAAAGGCACAACUAGAAGAACGCAUCGAAUCGGUCACAUCGCAGCUGGAGGAUCAACGUGCGGAGAACAGUAAGAGUGCUCUGCAACUGCAAGAGCUCGAGCAGGUGCGGUCCAGCCUAAGGAGCAAGCAAGAGGAACUCGACGCUGUUCGCGUUGCCCAGAGAGAGCUUAGCCAAACAAACUUUUGCCUGCAAGGAGAAAAGGCGGCUGCACAACGGCGAGCAGAUGAGAACGAGAUUCUUUUGGCACGGCUGGAGAAGGAUAUAGCGGAAGCGCAAAAACAAGCCUGCGCUUUCUCCCAACUUCAAUCAGAGCUGGCUUCACUGCAACAGGCUCACGCGAAGAUGGAGGUUGAACUCUACGAGGCUCAACAAGCAGCAUCCGCAGCUGCUAGCACGACUGUUCGUGACGCUGAAGCGAGUGCAAAGGUCAUUGAGCUUGAAGAGACCAUCACUCGCCUCAAGGAGGAGAAUGAAGAGUUGGAGCGGGUGUUGACGAUCAAGACCAAGGAAAUUGAUGAGUACGAUGAUCGUCACAUCGAGAUUCUGAAGGAGCGCAAAAAGCUGGUCACCAAGAUAGACUCGUUGACCAGAAAAAUGCGUACCAUGCAAAGGCAGCUAGACAGCCAUGCGCCAGGAUCCAUGGACUCCGUCCCUAUCUCCGAAUCAGUUGCAAGCUCACUCGCGGCGCCGCCAUCAUACUUUGCCCCGAGUCACCUUCCGACUUCUUCAGCCCCUACACUUAUGCAAACACCCGCACAGAGUCACACUCCCUUGGAACCUGUCAAUAGUAAAUCCUCUGUUCAACUCAAAGCAGUCCCUUCCGCGCAAUUGCCUUCCGUACCAUCAAGCGGCUCGAGGAGAGUCACCACACCUUCAGUUCCCCAUCCCAUUGACACCGCGGUGGCAGCAUCUUCUCCAAACACUCUCUCGUCUAGCGCGCCUCCUGUCAGUGCGACACCGUCUAGUGCCCUUGGCUUCUUCCCUGUGUCUGCAUCAGCGCCCGCUAUGCAGCCUGCUCCUUCACACACGUCCACUACUGGGACACCACCUCCUGUUGCCUUGCCAUCUUCUCAGUCUAGCUCUACGCGCAAGCGACGGAUGCCAGAGGAUUUCGACCCCAAGCCAGAGGACAGCUAUCCCCCUAUGCCGGUACUCAGCACUACUACCCCUGCACGGCUGAGAAAAGUCUUACGAGAAGGGCCACUCCCUCGAACAGGCUUUACUCCCAGUCGGUCACGCAAGAAUAGCGCCGUAGCAGCCAUUGAUCAAGAACUGGCAAAUGCUGCCGCUGCCGCAGCAGCGAGUUUGAAGCUUACCGAGGCUUUGCAAGAUGCUUCCAAUAUGCAGCCCAAGAGAGCUGCCUCUCGGGAGAGAGCUGCAUUGCUCCCACAGUCCUCCGCAAAGUCGGAGGUUAGCAACGCUUCUCACAGGACCGGCUCAAGUGUCGUCUCGGACAUCACAAAUGCGCCCCGUCCAAUGCGUAGCCUUCCAUCGUCGAUGGCGACAACGUCGUUGUCAUCUGCAAAGUCGAGCACCACGACCAGUGCGCCCAAGUUGCGGACUGGUUGGUUCAACCAUUCUGGCAAGACUUCCAGCGCGUCUAGCGGUACUGGUCAUACCAAUACCACCACAAGACGAACAACACGUGUGGCACUGGAUACAAGCCCCAAGCUUGGGUCUGGCGUUAUGCCGAGACGAUUAUACGUUCCACCUACAUUCUCCAAAGAUCUCGCAUAG